AUGCUUUCCGUCAUCCAUUCUGGAGGUGCACGUGUGCAGUGUUUUGCACUUCGGCGCUGCUCAGUGUCACAUGCAAUUUCUGCAGGUGUUUUGAAAAGUAUGUGUCUUGUGAUGAACAAAUCAUCUCUUGCAUCGUCUAAAAGGAAUGAAUAUAAAGAAUUGAAGGAGUUUUUCAAGACUAAGGAAAUUGAUGAUGAUGGUUAUUUCAUUAGAAAAGGUGUUUACACUCAAAAGGACUUUGAAAAUUCUACCUAUUCUCAGUAUAUGAAACAGUUGGACAAAGAAAAGGCACGUUUAGUUGAAGAAAAAUUACAGGUAUUGGCUGAAUUGUGCGGUUUUAGUGUCGCUGACUUGAGAAAGAGGUUGGAAACAAAAGUGAACGCUAGAAUUGAUGCUGUGAAGACGAAAACUUCCCAUAUUGAAUCGGUUUUGAACGAUUUCAACACUCAGCUCAGCUUACCAGAACAAAACCCGGUAGAUUUCGUUGGGGAAAUCGUCAAUAGUUUGACAAAUUUCAAGGGAGACAUUGAGUCUUCUCCUGUCUUCAACUACAUUCGUCAAUUGGAUAUCAAAUUCGCCAAUUUGGUUAAAAACUUAGUAGAAAAUGAUUCUCCUCAAGAGAAAGACGUUGAAGAAUUGUACGAAUAUAUUGAAAACGGGGGAGAAAUUGGCGAGAUGACAAAGCCUGAGUUGACCAAAUUGAUAGGCAUGAUAUAUGAGAAAUAUGAAGGUGACGAGAAAGUGGACCAGAGCCUUGAAUCGGAUACGAAGUCCUCUGAAUCACCGAACUCUCAACUUCUUGUGUCUAUCUUUGACAAUCUCAAUUCCUUUGCAACCGUUAAGGAUGCUCCACUGUACAGAUUUCUCGAGAAGGUCGACAAUUCAUUCAUAAAACUUUUAAGUGAGUAUCUUGCUGUCGAUUCUUCAGAUGAAGCUGAAUUAAGGAAGCAAUACGACCAGAUUGUGACAUAUGUUAAUAACAAAGAGUCGACUCUUUAUAAAGCGUUAGAAGAUCCAACGUCUACAGCUUGUUUGGAAUUCCAUGAAAUUGUCAGUGCCCCUAAACCAAUCGAUCUUAUGGAGAUUUACGAGGGACUCGAGGCUUACAAAGACUAUUUCUCUUCAGAGUUGUUUCUCAAGAUGGAGAAGAUUGAUUCGACAUUUACGGAGCUUCUCAAGGAAUUGGAGAAUGUUGCAGAUGAUUUACAGGCUGAGACCAAGAAUCAGGAGAUUGACAAAUAUCUUGAUAACACUACAACUGCCAUUUACAAGGCAAUGAACGAGGUUCAAUCUGAUGAAUAUAAGGAAUUACGUGCAGCCAUUGAUGAUGAAAAUAGAAAGGCCGAAAACAUGAUCAGCCUUAGUGGAAUAAUCGAGAGAUUGAUUAAUAAAGGAGCAUCUAGCGAUGAAUUUAAUGUAAUUGAAAGAAUCGAUGGCAACUUUGCUGACGUUGUGAAGCCGCUACUAGUGAAAGAAGGUGAAGGAAAUGCACUUGAAGCUGCUAAGAGGGUUGAAGAAGCCGCUUCUGAUCCUGAAUCCGCCAUUUUCGAGGCUAUUCACGAGCAGGACUCUCCAGCACACAAAGUGUUGGAGGAGACAUUCAAGAAUAAAGAGGAAGCAUUAGAGGCAUCACCAGCGGUAGGAUCGAGUUCUUCUACUAGUGCUGUGGACAGAGAUGUUCAAAAGUUCGUCGAAGAGGAUCAGAUGUCGCUUCCAAAGGACGUUCAAUCAAUGAACAGAAUGUAUGAUUUGACAAUUUCUGCCAUUGAUGAGCUAAAGAGUGAUUUAGAACACAAUACUUUUGAGCCAAUUGGACAUAACGUUAGUGAACAGGUGUCAAAGUUACUUGGAUUCCAACCCAGUGAGGCUCAAGUUGAUGAAGUUGAAGCUUUGAAGGGGAAACCACUUCCGGUUCAUAAAGAUGAAGUGUUGGACCUUUGUGUGAACUUGAUUAUGAAAGGAGGAAAAAAGGAUCAAGCUCGGAAGUAUGUGAAUAGAGCACUCUAUCUGAUAUACCUUCAAACAAGGACCAAUCCAGUGGAGUUGUUGAAGAAAGCAUUAGAUACAGCAGCGCCAUUGGUUAUCACCAAGACGGUGAAGACAGGAUUUGCCAAAAAUUACAUUGUUCCCGUUCCACUUACAGCCAGACAGAGAAAUAGAAUGGCAUUUCUAUGGAUACUGGAUUCGAGCGACUCCAGAGCGUCUAACGACUUUUCUGUACGUCUAGCAGAAGAGAUCAUUAACGUUUAUAAGGGCAACUCGAAGAUUCUAGAGAAGAGAGUUCUCAGCCAUAAGUUGGCCAUUGCCAACAGAUCUUAUCUACGUAUUUAG